AUGCAGCAGCUUUCGAUAUCUCUUUCAUUUCCUUCUCACCCCACCCCCUCACUCACUCUCUUUCUCUCUCUCCUUAUCUCACUCUUCACACUCCGCCCCCGAACGCAUACAUUUGAAUACGUGUGUGUAUGCCUGCCUGCGACGCCGCAGAAUACGUUAGCAAAGCAAGACACUAGUGCGGAACGCCCAGCGACACAUAGGAGCAGACACACCCCGGGUGCCAUGCGGCGGUUCGACAACCUCGAUGACCGCGUCGAUGCGCUGCUGCGCCGCAUCGCGAAGAGCGCCGAGCGUCGCGAUCAC